CGUUUUUACGUUGUCGUUUUUUCAUUCCUUCGUUGUACAAUUUUGUAGAUGCGAUUCAACCCAUUUUUUAUUGUGGACUUCUUUUCAAAACCAGCGUUCGCACAAAGGUUGUUAGCAGGGCUGUUGGUCUCCUCGAGAGUCAAAGAAAAGUGAUAAAGUUGAUGUCAAAAUCAUGUCCACUACAUUUGCUGCUCUGUGGAAGAUAUUGUUCGUUUCACACGUCUUUGCGCAAGAAACGUGCAGAAUCUUGGAGUUUGUUCAACCCGAGGAAGACAAUUACCUCGAAAAUCACGUCAUUAAGUCCUUGAUGGUUGAUAACAAAGAUCAGUGUGAAUUGAGGUGUUACGCAGAGAACUUCUGUUCAUCCUUCAAUCUUGGAAUUUCAGAGACCAGGGGCAAAUUAAAAUGUGAACUCAGUGACUCUGAUCACUUUCAACAUCCUGAACAUCUCAUUUGUAAGAAAGGCUUCUCAUAUCAUCCAACCAUGAAGUUAUGUGGCACUUCUCCUUGUCCCCCGGCUGCUUCUUGUGUACCAACUAUUGUUGGAAAACUCCGUUGCGUUUGUCCUGCUAACUGGACUAGAACUGAAAGCUGCGAAAGAGAUACGGACGAAUGUUCCUCUGGAUCGCAUGACUGCUCAGCGGACGCGUACUGCAACAACACUGUGGGCUCAUUUACCUGCACUUGUAAAGCUGGAUUUUCAGGAGACGGCAAAAAAUGCAAAAAUAUCAUUGAAUGUAACACCGGAAGUGCCAAAUGUCACGUGAACGCCACGUGCAGCGUCACUAUUGAUGGCUACAUUUGUAAAUGCAAAGACAAUAUGAUCGCAGAUGGACUCUUAUGCGUGGGAUUCAAAGGAGAUCGUUUUCAUUGGGCACUCAAUGGAUCUGAUUCAAAUAUAAGUUUGUACAAUGGUGCUUCCUAUCAAAAUACUGAUGGCAGGAAAGUACUCUACUUGAAUGGAUCCCGGCGUUCCUACGCAGAAACCCCAGCACUCCCGAUCCGAGCUAUCAGCUUUAGUAUCAUGUGUUGGAUAAAUGUUUUGAGCCUUCCAAGUGAUUGUUCAGUUCAUAUCUAUUCUGACUGGUCAAAACCACAUCAGUUCAGAAUCUUUAUCAAUAAAAAUCAUCGAGUUUGUGCUAAUCUGCGAAAUGGUCAUCGGUUUGACUUCUGUAGCUGGAAGAUCAUCCCCAGUAAAUGGAUGCACGUGGCGUUCACAUGGAGCCGAGAUAGAAAAGAGGGAAUUCUGUACAUGGAUGGAAUUAUAAAAGGUAGCAAGAGUGUUUCUAAUGGUUCUUUAGACCUGAUCAAAAAUGAUCAUACAGUUUUCGACAUUGGGUUGAAACGAGACAGCAUAAAGAAACCGACUUUUGAUGGGUACAUGAGAGAUCUUCUAGUAGUUGAUAAAGCACUAUCAGGAGAUGAAGUGAAAUACAUGAAAGACAUACUUUAAGGAAGAGCACGCGGCGUGGCGACCUUUGAGGAGGGUUACAAAGGAGACUGGGGCAGAGCAGUACAAUCGAACGUUCUGAUUGGUGGGAUGUUUGGGCAGAUCGUUCGAAAUGAAAUCGUUAAAAGCUUUCAUGUUUUCUCGUUACGAAAAUAGAAGGUGCAUAUGGGCAUGAACAUUAUCAAUUUCAAUGAAAAUCAUUCCACGGGUACCAUUG